AUGGCACCGCCGGCAACGAAGAGCCCGGGAGAGCUCGACGGCGGCGCACGCCCGCAUGUCAUGUUCAUCCCGAGCGCCGGCAUGGGCCACCUCCUCCCGUUCUUCCGCGUCAUCGCGGCUCUCGCGGGGCACGACGUCGACAUCUCCGUGGUGACCGUUCUUCCUACCGUCUCCGCCGCCGAGGCCGACCACUUCAGCAGCCUCUUCGCUGCCCUCCCCCGCGUCCGCCGCGUCGACUUCCACCUCUUGCCGUUCGAUGCGUCGGAGUUCCCAGGCCACGACCCGUUCUUGCUCCGAUGGGAGGCCCUGCGCCGCUCAGCGCACCUCUUCCGCCCACUCAUUGGCGGCGCCACCCCGCGCGUCUCGGCCGUCGUUUCAGACGUGACCCUGACCUCCCACGUCAUCCCCAUCGCCAAGGAGCUCUGUGUCAAGUGCCACGUCCUCUUCGUCUCCUGCGCCACCAUGCUCUCACUCGUUGCGUACACCCCUGUACACCUCGACAAGAAGGUGGAGCAGGGGCCUGGCGUCGGCGACGUCGACAUCCCUGGCGUGCGUCGAAUCCCGCAGUCUUAUCUCCCGCAGCCGCUGCUCGACCUCAACAAACUCUUCACCAAGCAGUUCAUCGACAACGGCCGCGAGAUCAUCAACGCCGACAGCUUUCUGGUCAACACGUUCGACGCCUUGGAGCCGGUGGCGCUCGCCGCGCUUAGAGACGGCAAGGUCGUCCCCGGGUUCCCGACGGUGUACGCCAUCGGCCCGCUCAGGUCGCAGCACAACUCAGCUGAAGUUGAGAAGGAAGAAGAAGCAACGGGCUCCCCCGUUGCUUGGCUUGACGAGCAGCCGGCACGGUCAGUGGUGUAUGUCGCGUUCGGCAACCGCAACGCCGUGAGCCGUGACCAGAUAAGGGAGAUCGCCGCCGGAUUGGAGGCGAGCGGCUGCCGGUUCCUCUGGGUGCUCAAGACCACGACGGUGGAUAGGGAUGACAGCGCCGAGCUGACCGACGUGCUCGGCAAGGGGUUCCUGGAGCGAGUGCAGGGGCGCGGCCUCGUGACCAAGGCGUGGGUAGACCAGGAGGCCCUUCUGAAGCACCCGUCCGUGGGGCUGUUCCUAAGCCACAGCGGGUGGAACUCAGUGACGGAGGCUGCUGCCUCCGGCGUGCCGCUGCUGGCGUGGCCACGCGGCGGCGACCAUCGCGUGAACGCCACGGUAGUGGUGAGCGGCGGCGUUGGAGUGUGGAUGGAGCACUGGAGCUGGGACGGGGAAGACUGGCUGGUGACCGGGGAGGAGAUCGGAAAGAAAGUCAAGGAAGUUAUGUCCGACGCGACAAUCAGGGCAAGUGCGACGAGGACCGGCGAGGAAGCGGCCAAGGCUGUCGCAGAGGGUGGCACCAGCUACCGGAGCAUGCAGCAGUUUAUUUCCAGCCUCAAAGCAACCUAA